GGAAAAUAUAUUAACUUAGUUUUUAUAAAUUACCUUACGUUAAUUAAAGUUAAAUAUUUCCUUAAUAUAAGGUUAAACUAUUAUAUAGUAAUUAUAAACUUACUUAGGCCUUUAAAAAUAACCCCAGGGGUAAGGAAAAAAUAUAUUUUAAUAAAAUAUUAA